UGUAGUUUUGAGUGAUCGAUAUACACAUUUUCAUGAUUAUGAUGAUGAGCAGAUUGACACCUCAUACGGUCGUGCUUUUUCUGCUUUUGAUUUACUGCUCGAGAGUAGUAAAUUCAGGAGUUGGAGAGACAAAAAUCAGAUGCAAUGAAACCGAGAGACUAGCGUUGCUAAGGAUCAAAGACCAUCUCUACGACGAAGAAGAUGGGGACGCUCUUUCCUCUUGGGGAAAAGAAGAGGAGAAAAGAGAGUGUUGUGAAUGGAUCGGAAUUCAGUGCAGCAGCAGCAGCAACUCUGGUCAUCAUCAUGUCAUCAAACUCGAUCUUUCUCCUUCAACUUUUGAUAGUUUCCGCCGUCUAAGAGGUAAUAUCAGCUCUUCAUUGCUCGACUUAAAGUACUUGAAUCAUCUGGACUUUAGCCGCAUCAGCUUUGGUGAGAAUCCCAUCCCAACUUUCAUUGGCAGCCUCACCAAAUUAAGGUACCUCAAUCUCUCUUUCACUGGUCUAGGUGGAGAAAUUCCUCCUCAGCUUGGAAACCUUUCCAGCUUGGAGAUUUUAGAUCUUUCCUACUCUAUUCACAGCUUAAAAGUGAAAACCCUGAAUUGGGUUUUACAUCUUUCUUCUUUAAGGCAACUUGAUCUUAGUAACACUAACAUGAGCUCAGCCAGUGAUUGGGUGCAUGUUGUCAAUAACCUUCCUCGUCACUUGACAAAUUUGAUACUACGUGAUUGUGAUCUUCCCGAUAUAAUUCUUCCUCCAUCAUCAUCUAGUUCAGAUAAUUUUAACUCUUCAAAAGUUCUUAGAGUUCUUGAUUUGACUUUAAAUCCAUUAUCCGAGUCCAUAUUCCAAUGGUUGUUCAAAUAUAAUCGUAGCCUUGUUUAUCUUGACCUCGCUUUUUGCGAGUUAGGAGGUGCCAUUCCAAAUGGUUUUAAAAAUAUGGCUUCACUUACACAUCUUGAUCUUAGUUCCAAUAGGUUUGAUGGAAUCAUUCCAGAAUCUUUUGGGAAUUUGAUUUCCCUUUCAUAUCUUAAUCUUCAAUUUAAUCAAUUAAAAGGUUUUCAUCCGAAAUCUUUCAUGAACAUGACAGCUCUUACAUACUUUGAUCUUAGCUUCAAUGAGAACUUAAAAGGUUCCAUUCCUGAAGGCUUUGGCAAUAUGAUUGCCCUUACAUAUCUUGAUCUUAGUUGGAAUCAAUUAGAGAGUCUUAAUCCGAAAUCUUUUGAGAAUAUGACUGCCCUUCAGUAUCUUGAUCUUAAUCGAAAUCAACUCAAAGGGUCCAUUCCAGAAAGUUUCGGAAACAUGGCUUCUCUUGAGUACCUUGAUCUUAGUAAUAAUACUCUUGAAGGUGAAAUUCCAAAAUCCAUUUGGAAAAUAUGCAAAUUGCGGCAAUUGAAAGCAUUCGACAAUAGCCUUAGCGGAGAGUUGCAUUUUGCUGAAUCACCCUCUAAGGAAUGUGCCAAUUUCUCCUUAGAGUAUUUGAACUUGAAGAAAAAUAGAAUCAAGGGACCAUUGCCUAAUUUCACCUUAUAUCCCUCUUUGACUGACUUGUAUCUUUCCUCAAAUCAGUUUAGUGAACUAUCCAAAAGCAUGGGUCAAUUAUCACAAUUGAAGUUUUUGGAUCUUUCUGAAAACUCUAUCAAUGAUGUCUUAUCCGAAGCUCAUUUUUCAAGGCUCUUCAGCUUACAUUCGUUGGAUUUAUCAACUAACUCGGAUCUUGUUUUGAAGAUUGCUUCUGAUUGGAUUCCACCUUUUCAGUUGUCCUACAUUCAUCUUGGAUCUUGCAAGCUGGGUCCUCAUUUUCCAAAAUGGAUUCAAACUCAGAAUGAGUAUUAUGAACUUAAUAUCUCAAAUUCAGGAAUUUCAGAUUCUAUUCCAGACUGGCUAUGGGGUUUUAAUCGAUUCUUAAGUCUUCUCGAUUUGUCUAACAAUGAAAUCGUGGGAAGUUAUCAUGAUUUUAAGCAAGGACUCAAUAUUUCCUUGGACCACAGAUUAAAUUACCCUGAUAUAGAUUUGAGUUCAAACCAGUUGGAAGGCUCAAUACCAAGCUUUUUACUCCAAAUGGCUGUUUCACUAAAUCUUUUCAACAAUCGAUUCUCACAUCUGGAUUCGUUAUGCAAUAUCACCGAGUCAAAUCAUUUGAUCUUUCUUGAUGUUUCAUAUAAUCAAUUGUCUGGUGAGUUGCCUGAUUGUUGGUCACAAGCACAGUCCCUGCGAAUUCUAGUUUUGGCAAAUAAUGAGCUAUCUGGAAAGAUUCCUAUCUCCAUUGGUUUCUUAAGUUCCAUCAACAUAUUGCAUUUGGGAAACAACAAUUUGAAUUCAGAAUUGCCUUCAUCAUUGAAAAAUUGUACAGAGCUGGUGAUAUUUGAUGUUGGAGAGAACAAAUUACUGGGGCCAAUACCAGCAUGGAUAGGUACAAGCCUAACAAAGCUUCUUAUUCUUAGUGCAAGAUCUAAUAGCUUCAAUGGAAGUAUACCUUCACAACUAUGUCAUUUAGUGGAUCUUCAACAGCUGGACUUGUCCUCAAAUGAUAUCUCUAGCCAAAUUCCAAAUUGUCUUGGUAAUAUCACAGCAAUGAAAGAAAUUGGAGACCAAGUUGUAGCAAUAAAAUAUCCUUAUUCUGCCACUCGUGGCCGUGCCGGUGUUCCACUCGAUUUCAACCGUGAAAACUUAGAGUUGGUAUGGAAAGGAGCAAUCUCUGAGUUCAAAAAUGUAGGACUUUUGAAGAGCAUUGAUUUGUCUAGCAACAAAUUUAUUGGGGAGAUUCCUAAAGACAUCACUAAACUUGUUGGACUGAUUUCUUUAAACUUGUCAAGGAACAAUCUUAGUGGACAUAUUCCCCAAGAGAUUGGUCACUUAAAGUCCUUAGAUGUUCUUGAUCUAUCAAAGAACUAUUUUUCUGGCCAGAUUCCUUCAAGUCUCUCUCAAGUGGAUCGCCUUAACACAUUGGACUUUUCGAGUAAUAAUUUGUCUGGUGAAAUUCCAAGAAGCACUCAACUCCAAUCCCGUGAUGCAGCUGCAUAUAUGGGAAAUCCUCAACUUUGUGGAGUUCCACUUCCAAUAAAGUGUCGGAGUGAAAAAGAGACAACUUCUGAUGAAGUCGUGGAAAAUCAUGAUGGAGAUGAAUUUAUUAGCAAAGGAUUUUACAUAAGCUUAGCACUUGGAACUGUAGUUGGAUUUUGAGGGUUUUGUGGGACUUUAAUCUUCAACAAGUCUUGGAGAUAUGCAUAUUUCAAGCAGUUGAACAAGGCUGGAGACUGGGCAUACGUAGCUGCAGCAGUUCAGAAGAAUAAGCUAUCCGAGAGGCUCAAAAGCUAGUUGUGAGGUGAUUCGGUUUCAAAGGGUUGCACUGAGAAUUUUCUUCCAAAUAGUAUCCAAUUGCUUGUUGUUUUUGUUUCCUUUAUGAUAUUCAUAAAAUCAUAGCGGUUAAUAUGUAA